UUCUACUUUUAAUAUCCAAAUAUCCCGUUAUUCUACAACACGGUUAUUUCUUGUUCCCGUAAUUAAUUAAGACGCUGACGAGUUUCUCGGUUACUUAUCCGGUAGAAAUUAGGACACUCCGGGGGUUUCUGUUUCCGGGUUACUUCGUAUUCCGCUUCAAAUUAGGCAAUACACACAUUGUAUUGAACAGUAAAAAUUCUUUAAGAAAAUUCACAAGUUGUAAUUGUUUUUGUUUUUGGUUGAUUUCAAGAAUUUUUAAGAGAAAGAAGACAUGGGUGGAUGUUUAUCAGAUGUAAGAGGGGGACAACAAGCAGUGGGUGGUACCGAAACAGCAGGCCCUACUUCUUCUACAGCGACGACGACUAACGAUGCAAUUGACUAUUUUUAUACAUCCCAUGGCUGCCAAGGACUCUUUACUCAACUCCAGCUAUCGUUGUCUGCCAAGCACUUAAUUGACAUGGAUCUGUUUUCAAAGAGUGACCCCAUGGCCAUAGUGUAUGCAAAGAGAAGUGAUGGAAUGCUUGAGGAAAUUGGCCGUACAGAAGUAAUAAUGAAUUCACUGGAUCCUGUUUGGAUAACAAAGGUUUCCACUGUUUAUCAGUUUGAGAUUGUUCAGACAUUGGUGUUCCGUGUGUUUGACAUCGACACCAAAUACCAUAAAAUGCCUAUCAAGACGUUGAAAUUGGAUGAGCAAGACUUCCUAGGAGAGGCUACUUGUGCUCUGUCGGAGAUAGUUAAGAAACAGAACAAGAGUUUGACACUUAAACUUACAGUAAGAAAUAAGCAAGGGGUCAUGAGAAACCAAGGCACGCUUACUGUUUUUGCGGAGGAAACAAUUACUUCAAGGCAAGCUGUUGAGAUGGUAUUCCGCUGUUCCAAGUUGGAUAACAAGGAUCUAUUUUCUAAAAGUGACCCUUUCUUACGAAUAUCUAGAAUUGCUGAAGGUGUAAAUAUCGCGAUUUCUAAAACAGAAGUGGUGGAAAACAAUUUGAAUCCAACUUGGAGACCAGUGUGUUUGACAUCACAGCAAUUCGGGAGCAAGGACACUCCUUUAGUGAUGGAGUGUUUUGAUUUCAACAGCAGCGGGAACCAUGAACUAAUAGGAAAAAUUCAGAAAUCAGUCGACGAGCUUGAGAAACUUUACAUUGGAAAAGUUGGAGAAAAUUUACAUAUACAAUCUUCUAGGAAGGGCAAUGUAAAGAAGCUGAAAGGACAACUAUUUGUGGAUAAAUUUAUCCAGAAAACACAGUAUAGUUUUUUGGACUACAUUUCUAGUGGAUUCGAGCUUAACUUUAUGGUUGCCAUUGAUUUUACAGCGUCAAAUGGAGAUCCUCAUAGUCCAACGUCUUUGCAUUAUAUUGAUCCAUCAGGUCGAUUGAAUGCCUACCAGCAGGGUAUAUAUGAAGUUGGAGAGGUCAUACAGUUCUAUGAUUCUGAUAAGCGUUUUCCUGCAUGGGGUUUUGGUGGAAGGCCACCUAACGAUGUUGUAUCUCAUUGCUUUAACCUGAAUGGAAGCCGUGGUGAUCCUGAGGUUGAAGGAGUAGAUGCUAUCAUGUCUGCCUAUUCUAGUGCCUUACGGAACUUUAGUCUGCAUGGUCCUACUUUGUUCGGGAAUGUAAUAAACAGAGCUGCACAAAUUGCUGGCGAAUCCUUGCGUAACCAGACAAAGUACUUUGUCUUGCUCAUCAUCACAGAUGGUGUGGUUACUGAUCUUCAAGAAACCAUAGAUUCUUUGGUUAGAGCUUCAGAUUUACCCUUGUCAAUUCUUAUCAUCGGUGUGGGGGGCAACGACUUUAAAGAUAUGGAGAUACUGGAUGCUGACAACGGCAUCCGCUUACAAAGCAGCACUGGACAGUUAGCAACGCGCGAUAUUGUACAGUUUGUGCCUAUGCACGAAGUUCAGGGUAAUCAGCUGUCUGUUGUUCAAUCUCUUUUAGAAGAACUUCCUGGGCAAUUUUUGGCGUAUAUGCGAAGCAGGGAUAUUAAGCCGCUGAACGUCAAUGAAGCCAAGGCUUCUGGUAUGGCUGCUGCGGUGCCUCAUGUUCCAAACUUUUCGACUGAACUGUUACAUAUGUGAAGAAGAACUCCUCCAUAUUCCAAUCCUAAGCCAAAUUGCCACUUGCCAGAAAAUGUGAAUAAUGAUUUCGCAGGGUUUUCUUUUGUUUCUUAGUAGCUAUUAGAGUAUAGUGAAAUGUUAAUAUGGUAGGCAGCGUUUUUGUACAGUUUAAUAAGUACCUAUGGCUCUUGUGUCUUGCUUUUUGGCAAUCAUCUUGUGAAUAGUAGCUAUUAGAGUAUAGUGAAUGUGGGGAAAUCUACCUAAUAAAAG